UUUUCCACUUACUUCAUUCAUCACGUUGAACGCUGUUAGGCAGACGUGCACAGAGCAGACUGCUGCACAGACUGACUGACUAUUGGAAAAUAUAAUUACACCAAAUAGCAGGACUGAAGAAAACAUCACCUCAUUUUGUUAAAUGUUCAAACACGUCACAAACUGAGCUCCUGCUGCAGCGAGAAAGACCAAGAAAUAUGGAGGAUUCCAGGAGGAGCAGAUGUGACAGUCUGGAUGUAGGAUCAGGGUGUGACACAGAGGUGAUGAACCCAAACGACCAUGUAAGCUUUGACCCUGAGGGCCCUGACCCUGCAGUCAACCUCGAGCCCUCACAGGCAGAACUGGCUCAGUGUGAGGCUGAAGUGGGAACUCUGCUCAGCAUCAUCGCUGAACUGAAUAAGAAGAUGGGGUCACUGAAGGCACCCAGUGAACCAGGUGACAUGCGACCAGCAGCUCCAUCCAGACCUCUGGUUCCAGACCUUCUGUCUCACCGGCUGGUCAGAAGCAGCCCAGACAGGAACACUGCCUCCAUUGUCUCAUAUAAACCACCAGUGACUGAGCGAGGAGGCAGUGGUGUUGUCUGGAGCAAACUGCAGGAGGUUUUAUCAUCAGUGGAGGACUCCAUCAGCUGUAGGAGGACAUGGGCCAUCCCCAUCACAGCCUCUGACCAGGACAAACACAAAGAGCACCUCAGAGCAGCUGAGGAGAACUGGGAUAAAGCCACCCAGAUACUGGAGGAGAUGGAAAGAGAGUUUGGGAUUUCGUGCCCAUUAGGCCUACCAAAGGACCAGUACCAGGAGGACACGCUGGAUGUGGAUCAAAGAGAAUCUGUCCUCAGAAACAGCUUACAGGGUCACCAGGAGGAGCUGCAGAGGGCACAAAGCAACGUCAGCCAGAUGGAAGAAGACAGGAACAAGCUGGUUGUUCUUCAUAAGGCCUGGAGGUCCAGCAGUCACUCCCCAUCCUUUCGGUCCUCUACUGGGGCUCUCAGUCCAGACUGGGCCUCUCCUCCCUACCCUGGUUCACCGUUACUCCACAGAAGAACAACCAGAGCUCUAACACCGCUAACUGUGGGUGGGGACGGGUCUCCACUGGGCUCCGUUAACUCAGGCAGUCCUUGUCCCAGCCCCAUCAGCCUGGAGUCUGAGACAGAACGACUGAACAGAUGCAUUGAGAGGCUGAAGGCCAGAAAUGAACGUCUGACUGCAGCUCUGGAGAGAAGGAAGGGCGAGUCGGAGCAGAUCAGUAUGACACUAAGCAGACUUGAGUCUGACUGCUCGGCCCUGCAGAUGGCUCUCAGAUACUGUGAGGAGUGUGAGGAGGCCUACAGCGAGCUCCUGUCACUUUAUGAGGCAAAGAAACAGCAAAGCAUUCCUUCACAGACGGACUCAGCAGGUGUUUGCAUACCAGAGCCAGUCGGUGACAGGCAGCCGCCCGACAGUCCGUCAGCUCAGCUCAGGAAAAUGGGAACUGAAGAGCUGUCCACCUCCUUCUCAACAGCAGGGGUCACAGAGGAGACGGAAACACAGAGUCACACAGUGCAGAGGACACCUGAGCCUGAGGUGGAUCGGGAAGCAGCUCUCCGGCAGCAAAUUGAGCAGCUGAAGAAGGACCGAGCAGCCAUUUGGCUCCCUAAGCCGGGUCCAAGGGCAGAGAGCAAACUGAGCCCUGAAGCUGGUCAGCCAGCUGGAUCCAGAUGGGGACACAUGACUAAAGAUAACACCAAACCUCCUGACAGCAAGAAGGAGAAAGCUUCCCUGUUUUAUGAGCUCAUCUCAGUCAGGGAGGAGAUGUCCGAUCUGCGAGCUCUGAUCCGCCUCAAGGAGAAAGAGCUGAGGUGUCUGGAGUGGAGUUUAGUGGGCCAGAAGGCCCAAGAAGCUGCUGGAGUUUUCAUCCCAGAAAGUCUCCGAGAGGAGGUGGAGGAUCGUAAGACUGAACAACAGAGGCUCUGUGAGAACGCAGUGAAACUCGGCUGUGACGGAGACAUCAUUGGACCUCGAACCAGACCCAUUGUGAAAGAGCUGCAGGUGGUUCUACUGAGGGAACAAGCACUGAAGAAGAGACUGGCUUUGGUCCAAGACUCCCUGAAUGCAGCUCUCUCAGACAGCGCCACCCACAGGAGGGACAAUGGAGAGCAGAUCGCUCGGCUAACGCAAGCUCACAGUAAAGCCUUGAGUUCGUAUCGGCAGAUUCGCAGAAAGUACCGGGAGCAGGUGUGGAGGUUGGAGCAGAAAGUGGUGGCCAUGACAGAGAGUCACAACCACAACCAGAGUGGAGCAACAAAAGCUGCAGGGGAGGCCUUGGAGUGGAGGAGGGAGGAAACAGUUCUAUGAGACAUUAUUCUUCUAUUAGAGAAUCAGCCGUCCUGAGAGUCACGUGUUAUUCUUCUUAUGAUGUACAGAUCUGAAUAUAAGCUGCUCAUACAAACAUCUGCUGUAAUUUGUUCUUCAUUAGACACUGAAAUCUGUAGUUAUAUUUCUGUCCUAGUAAAUAAAUAUCUAUUUAUCUACCAACCCCUUAAUGACAUCCACAGCAGUCACUUUGGGCAUGCUUCUGAGAGGUGAAUACAGAGAAUAUAGGGCAGUGGAACAUGGAAAAUGCUGUGAAUUCUGCCUCGUGAGACUCACCAAUAAACUGAAUAGGAUUCCAA